AUGUAUCGUUGCUCAGGAGAUUGCGACGAGAAAGAAUGCAAUGCCGUCGACUCUUUUCUCGGUGAAGACUGUGAGUGUUACUGCCCGGGGAAACCGGUGGUAAGAUGUCCUAUGACGACCACGACAGAGGCGACAAUAACACAACAGGUGACAUUCGCGGAACCAGAAGUAACAACAGUAGCCACUUCAACCAAUACAACUUCUGCCACUUCCACCACUACAAAUGUCCCAACUACCACGACGCCCACUACCACAACGCCUACUACCACGACAUCAACUAUUACGAGGCCAACUAGCACUACCACGACGCCUACUACCACUACAACUGUGCCAACUACCACGACACCAACUACCACCAUGCCCACUACCACUACCACUACGCCUACUACUACUACUGCUACUACUACCACGCCCACUACCACACCCACUACAACAACACCAACUACCACGAGGCCCACCACCUUGAUGCCGACUAGCACUACAAGGAUUUCAACAUCCACACCAACCAUCACUUCUCCAUCAACGGCACCACUCGAAUGUGUCGACCUGAACGUCAUGUGCACAUUCUGGGCGACAACUGGACACUGUGAAUCAUGGCGGUGGAGACGAUACAUGCUGAAGAACUGUAGAAUCACGUGUGGACUCUGUGACCCGAUAACUACAACCCAAACAACGACCACUAGCACCACUCCCACAAUGACUGCCACCACGACUACGCCAACCACUACCACCACUGCGCCAGCCUCCACAAAAAUGACAACAACAUCAUUCACUCCUUGCACUGAUAGGUCUUUCUCGUGCCAAACAUUGGCAAGUCAAGGGCACUGCACCACGUUGGCUAACCGAUACAGGGAGUAUAUGGAGAGGAACUGCAGAUUGACCUGCGGAUUUUGCCAACUCGCUAAGACCACGCCCGCCACCACGACAGAAGCCGAGUGUGUAGAUCUGUCAUCUUCUUGUGGGGAUUGGACGAUUCUGGGAUACUGUAGGAAGGGGCAUGUGUACAGGAGAUUCAUGGAGGAGAGCUGUGGGUUCAGUUGCAGAUUCUGCAACCUAGCAACAAGCACCACUGCACCUACCACCACUUCUACCACACCCACUGAAGACACCACAACAGAGUGUAGUGACCUGUCCUUCUUCUGUUACAAUUGGGCAUCUAUCGGACACUGCACGACCGGAAUCUACUAUUACAGGAACUACAUGGAGGCAAACUGCAGACAGACGUGCGGGUUGUGCGAACCAAGUACCACUACACCCAGCACAACAACAACCACGUCGACAACGACCACAACUACGACACAGGAGCCGAUUCGGGGUUGCCGCGACAACGGGCCAGGCUCCUGUUGGAUUUUCAAGUCUCUUGGCCAGUGCACGCACAGACGACACCAAGCCAAGAUGAGACGACGCUGCGCGAGGACUUGCGAGUUCUGUCAGCCAUGCGAAGACACGCAAUGGCAGUGUCAACGAUGGGCGAAGCGUGGGGAGUGCCUCAUGAGCCCUGUCUACAUGAGCACGCAUUGCAGGUUCUCCUGCGGGGAAUGCGCUGAGGAGGACGAAGGUCAAGUAACCUCACACGGCUGUAUGAACCAGACCCCAUUGUGCUACCAAUGGGGGAGACAACAGUGCGAAACUCGGCCGCAUAUGACACGGACCUGUCCCUUGACCUGCGGGGUUUGUGUGUUAGAGUGA